AUGGAUAUCCCUAUACGGAUUUUGACCAACACUCGUCAUUCUUUAGUGAUUAAGAAUAAUCUUAAAACGUUUAGAGCUUGUUUGGUUUGUAAGAAGAGAAAGAAAAAAUGUAAUGGUAAAUUACCAUGUAAUCUAUGUUCGAAAUUAGACCUUCCAUGUGUAUAUCCACAAUCUUCACAUAAUGCUAGUGGGAAACAUUCAUCAAAUAAACGUUCUUCAAAAAGUAGUUCCACUUUACAAUUACCUCCCAAAGAAAUCACACUACGACUAAUUUCCAAGACUUGGGAUACUACAUGUUUAUUAUUUCGAUUCUACCAUCGUCCCACGGUUCUUUCUAUUCUUGAUUCUUUAUACACUACUCCUUUAGAGCAAAGAUCUGAAUUACAAACCAAAACCGAAAUUUUGAUCCAUUCAAUUAUUUCAGUGGGGAUUUUAUUUAUAAAUAAUACUACUAUUCAUACUCAUGAAGAUGAUCCAUUGAUGAAAGAAGUUUGUAAAGAUAAUGGCCUGAACCAUUUCAAUUAUGCCAAGGAACAUUUGGAUCUUACAAAUACGUGUUCCAGUCUCAUUGAUAUCCAAACGUUAUUCAUGUUAUCGAUGUAUUAUCAAUCGAUUGCUCACUUGAAAAAUUCAUAUUCAUUUAUUGGGAUAGCCCUACGGUCAUCGAUUUUGUUACGAUUGAAUAAUGAAUCAAAUAGAAAGACUGAUUUGAUCACUUUAGAGACUGAAAAAAGAUUAUUUUGGACCAUUUAUAAAGUCGAUUUAUAUUUGAAUUGUAUUUUGGAAUUACCUUUAACCUUAUCACUCCGUAAUAUCAAUCAAUUAUUCCCCAUAGAUGUGGAUGAUAAUUUAAUUCAUAAAGAUUCCAUUGAUUUGAUUAACCAACCCCCAGAUAAGAUAAGUAGUAUUGGGCUAAACAAUUAUCAUACUAGAUUAAUUAUAAUAAUGUCACAAAUUCAUGAUUCAUUUUAUAAUACUUCAACUCCCUCCAAAAAUGUUUCUCAAUUGAAGGAAUCUCUUCAAGCAUGGAAAACUUCUUUACCCAAUUUUUUGCAAUUGAAAUUCGAUGAUUAUCCAUCAGAAGAAUCAAGAGCAUAUUAUUUGAAAUCAAAAUAUUUGUUACAUUUGGAUUUCUUAUUAACAAAUUUAUUGUUGCAUAAACCAUUUAUACAUUUUUUAAAUUCUUCAAAUCUCAAUGAAAAAUUAUUGGCACAAAAUUGUAUUCAAUUUGCUAAACAAAUCAUUCAAUUAUCUACAGAAAUGUUUUUAAAAGAUUUAAUCGAUUGUAAUUAUUGGUUCACUAUCCAUACCAUCUAUUUCAGUGUGUUGUGUUUGAAAAUCCAAUCUCGUAUAGAAUCUGAAACUACCGAAAUCAAUGCAGAAAUUGCCAAAGGUAUUGAUUUAUUAAACUCGUUGAAAAAUAGUUCUUCCAAUACCAAAAAAAUCAUUAACGAUCUUUUAAAACAAUUUGAUCUUUUAGUGAAAAAGACUAUUCAAAAAAAUUCCACCACUGAAACAACCACCACAACAACAACUACAAAUGCAGAUGCAAGCACAACUACAAAUACAAAAUUACAAGGUAAACCUCCAAUCUUACAUUCUACACCAAGUGGGACUGCAUUGAAUAAUGAAAUAGAAUCUAAAUUGCCCUAUUUAAAUACUGAUAUUCCCCUGUCCACUUCAAAUUCAAUUAAUAUCCCAGAUGAUAAAUUUAUAAACGCCUUAGAAGAUUUUAAUUUGCAAUCAUUUAAUGAUAAUCAAUUUAUGAAUCUUUUCUUGGAAGAGUUCAAUUUCCCUAUUGUUACAAUGCAAGAUUCUACAACAAUUACAAAUUCUUCUAUUGCCACUACUGAUGAAAUGCUUGAUGAUAACGAUGAUGAUGAAUUGAAUGAUCAUGAAAUUGAUGAAAAUGAUAAUUUAGAUGACCAAACGUUUGAUUUACAAUGUUUUGAAAAUAUUCAAAACAAAAACUAA